GCUAAACACACAUUCACCGCACCAAAGUUUAACAUAAAUACUUUGUUCGCUACUCCAGUAAACGUUGUUUGGAAGACCAUUAUUGUUCUUCAGGAAGACGCGACUCCGCUUUACAAUUUUACAGCAGCCGUGUAACUAAAUAGACGCAUAAUGGAAGAAGUGCCACAGGACUUUCGCUUGGGCCUGGCGCAUAAGGUUUUCCUGAUCAAGACAAAGGACAUCCCCAAUGUAGACAGGGAAGCUUUGCAGCAGGAGGUGCUUUCAGCGAUAUACAAGGACAACCUUGCGCCAUACUAUCAACACAUUUGCGGUGAGCUAGGAUGGCCUGUGGAUAGCGCGAAGCUGGCGGAAAUGCAGGCUGCCAACGCAGCAAAGCUGGCGGAGCUAGACGAAAAGCAAAAGGAUGCAGAGGAGAACCUUGGCGAGACGGAGGUGCGAGAUGUCAUGCUCGCCCGGGCUGAGUACCUGGGUAACAUCGGCGACCGGGAGGCUGCGACGCAAGCGUAUGACGCGGUUGAGAAGAAGACAGCGAGCGGGGGCAACAAAGUGGACCUCCUGUUCAGCCAAAUCCGGCUGUUCAUGCAGUACGGCGACUGGCGGCGUGUGAAGGCGCUGGUGGGCCGCGCGCAGGGGCUGUGCGAGGAGGGCGGUGACUGGGAGCGCAAGAACAAACUCAAGGUUUACCAGGGCGUGUUGGCGCUGUACACGCGCCAGUUCGCGGCCGCCGCGGACCUGCUGCUGGACUCCACCGCCACCUUCACCGCCUCCGAGCUCUUCCCCUACACGCGACUCAUCUUCUACGCGGUGGUAGCGGCGCUGACCACCCUGUCCCGCCCCGAGCUCAAGCGGCGUGUGGUGGACUCGCCCGAGGUGCUGUCCGUCAUCCACAGCCUGCCGGGGCUGCAGCCGCUGCUGGAGGCGCUGUACCACUGCAAGUACCGGCAGAUGUUCGGGUCCUUCCUGGAGGUGGUGGGCGCCAUGCGGUCCGACAUGUUCCUGCACCACCACGUGCGCCACUACAGCAGGGAGCUGCGGGCGGUGGCGUACUCGCAGUUCCUGGAGAGCUACAAGAGCGUUACGCUGGACUCCAUGGCUGCCGCCUUCGACGUGUCGGCCGGCUUCCUGGACGGGGAGUUGGUGGACUUCAUUUGCGCGGGCCGCCUGCACGCCAAGAUCGACAAGGUGGCGGGGGUGAUCGAGACGAACAGGCCCGACGCCAAGAACGCGCUGUACGCCGACACGCUCAAGAGGGGCGACCUGCUGCUCACGCGGGUGCAGCGGUUGGAGAGGGCACAGCUGGUGUCGGUGGUCAGUGCAACAGGGCCUGCGGAGGGUGGGGACAAGCAUGCUAUGGGGUUUGUGUGUAGUGGGUUGGGUUGCAUGUGCCAAAGUGAGGGCUGUAUCUGCAGGGCAUCAGGAUGGGGCAGGGUAUAGGAGGGUUGCCACCCGAGGGCCAAGUGUCUCCGAGUGUGGACGGAGCGCGCAUGCGAGGGGUGGUGCGAGUUGUGCGGGCCGUCUGCGGUUGCGGAUGAGUCUCGGGUUACAUGCAGCUCUUGCGGUACGGUGAGGUGUGGUACGACAUUGCGACUGCUGGACUCGGGCGAGAGAGCACGUAUUGCUCUUGUUACGGUACCUGAACUCUCACGGCACAGGCACAUCCUAGUUGUAAAGGUAGCUACCGG